AAAACUGUCUGUGAAGAAGAAGCGCCAUCUAAGGCACGCAGGCAGGCAGUAAACACAAGCCAUGUAAUUUUACUGUUUUUUUUACAUAAUGGAAGUUUUCGGGAGCAACUUUGAUGACUCAGUAUUUGAAGAAUCGCGAAACAGAGAUUUAUCUACAGAUCUUCCGACAUACACUCCUAAAACCUGCGAGCCAGAGUGGUUUUAUCACUGUGAAAAAUUCAAAGACGAGCUAGACGAACAGAAAACCAUAAAGUUCCGGGCAGAUCUGAAAUAUAGACAAAAACAAUAUCAGGAAGCUAUAAAGGAAUACACAGCAUGCCUUCUUCUGGUGCCUAAUAACAAUCUGUCUAUGAAAAGAGAUGUGUUGGAGGGAAUGGCACGGUGCUACAGUCAUCUAGGAAAUAACAGACAGGCCCUAGAGAUCUGUGAGAAACUGAGAAAUGAGGUGACCAACACCUGCCACCUGACUUGCAUCCUACACCUGGAACACAGCAUCCACGAGAGCUGCGGAGACGUGAAGAGCGCAAUCUCUUGUCUAAAACAGCUUUGCUCUAUUCAUCCAUUCAACCCUUGGCACUGGAUGAACCUGGCUAUGAGCUAUCAAAGACUGUUGGAAGCAUCCACCUCUAUUAAAGAGCUGAAAGAAACGUCACAGAUGGCACAAGCCUUUAUUCAGCAGCAGGAGGAGGAGACGGAGGUGCAGCUGAAGGCCUGCAUGUGUUUUAUUAGAACAAGGCUGCUGAUUGAAAUCCUGAAAAUUCAGCAGUUCUCGUUUGUCCUGGAAAGGAGCAGGAAAACCCUUCAGGCCAUUGAGGCGUCACUGAAGAAGAUGCAGCUCGAAGAGGAAACACUUCUACUCAUUUCUGAGGUGAUGGCCAAAGAUUUGAACCCAGAGAAGAUGCGUGAAGAGAAGCAGGAUGGUGAAGGUUUAUUGGGUCUGACCAUUAAGGACUUUGAGAAAAGGUGGUGGAACAAAAUACAUGCCUCCAUGCUGAUGAAAGAGAAUACAGAUUUAUCGAGUGAUAAGGAAAUGGAGACGGGGUGAACAUCAAGGAUUUUAAUAUAAAAAUGGAUUUGAAUGUUGUAGGUUUUAAUGGUAUGGUGUUAUAAAGAAUGCUUUGUGAUUUUACAAAUAAAAAUUUUAAAUAUUUA